CAAACCAUAUAAUGAGAAAUUAAUUACGAGAGGUUAUGAUUUACCUCAAUUACGGCGCAUGUUACAAAGCAAACACAUAAACCGUCAUCCUAUUCCUGAGUAAAGCCUUCGUACAUCAAUGAAAAGCAGUUUAUUAAGUGUAUCUCAAUACAAAGUAUCUCUCUAUGUACCCCCUCCUCCUUUCGCCGGAAAUAUCUGGCUUUCCAAGAUGGCGACUCCCUAUGUGACAGAUGAAACUGGUAAGUACAUUGCAGCGACUCAACGCCCUGAUGGAACAUGGAGAAAGCCAAGACGGGUGAAAGAGGGAUAUGUGCCACAAGACGAGGUACCAGUGUAUGAGAAUAAGUACGUGAAGUUCUUCAAGAGCAAACCUGACCUUCCUCCAGGACUGAAUCCCGAAGACAUUAAACAGGUCAAAACUCCACAGAAAUCUGAGAAUGAAACUUCUGGAUUGUCAAAAACUGCCAAGAGAAAUCUGAAGAGGAAAGAAAAAAGGAAGCAGGAAAAGAGUGAGCGAGAGCCUGAAGAACUGAGCAACUCUCUGGAGAAGGUCACAAUAAGUGCUAAUGGGAGUCUAGGGUCACAAGCUACAAAACAGUGUUCGAAGACCACAGACUCCACAGAGCAGGAUGCCAACUCUGAGAAAGCCAAGAAGAUAAAAAAUCUCAAAAAGAAGUUGCGACAAGUGGAAGAGCUACAGCAGAAAGUGGACUCUGGUGAGAUCAAGCAGCCAACCAAGGAGCAGUUGGAGAAACUGGCUCGUCGGCAAGCUCUAGAGGAAGAGCUGGAGGACUUAGAACUAGACUUGUAACAGGAGGACAGCUAAUGGGGCUGUCUCUCUGGAUUCCUUUUCUGUGUUUCCUGAUGGACAGAAAACCAGCACAGUAUGUUGUAGAAGAGACCUUGUACUGCGGGCAGUUGGUGUCUUUUUCUGACCAUCAAUCCUUUUGGACCUGCUAUGUUUAGAUAACUGACUUACAACCCCUGUCUGGGGAGCUGUUAAUAUAAACAUAACAUUAUGUUGUAGAUAUUGUGUUUCCUAGUUGUUUAUUGAUCCUAAAGUGCAUGCACCCAGGACAGUGAAAUGACUGUUGUCCUCAAAAUCACCCGUAUAACAUUAUUUUUUUUUUUUGGGGGGGGGGGGUUAUGUGAGGAGCAAAACACAUUCUCCUGGACAGAGUAGUGUUUUUAUGUUUCAUUGAGUCUGUCCAAUUCAUGCGUAAUGGCAUACAAGUGUUAAUGUGUACCGAAAAGUGUACAAAAUGUGUUUUAACAGAUGGGGCAAAUUAUUUACCUUUUGCUACCUCCCUUCAGCUUGCAGUUAUCCCGGGGGAUAUCCUUUCUUACUCCGCAGAAUACUCUCAUCUGCUCAGUGAACCUUGUCACCAGAUAGAUAUUUAUUUUGUAAUUUUGUUGCAUAUAUUCAGAUGUUAACAAAAAUUAGAUACUAUCAAUUGUGGUCCGUUUUGUAAUCUGUCAUGUAGGGCAGAACUUACCUUAUGCCUCUAUCAUACUGCUUUUAAUUGUUUUUAAUUACAGAUUCCCUUUUUCUGUCCUGAUGACCUUAUUUCCUCUUUGAGUUUGUCUACAUCUUGCAAUCUGUGUAUAGCUUCUGCAUCAUUCUCUGCACAUACAGGCUUGUUCAUUAUUUCUAAGCAGUACUGUAAUUAUUAAUUGACCUAUAAAAUAAAUCUUACCAAAUUUUUAAACACAAGAAAAAGUGAUGCACUUGAACUAUAGACCCGUGGAUGCAUCUUUACUUUUAUUAGUUGGAUAGCAACAGCGAAGAUCCAGUACUGAUUCACUUUUCAUUCACUUGCCAUUUCAGAAUUUAACAAGCAGGAUGAGCUACAAACAGGUCUAACACUAAUGCAUUUUAAUUUUAAGGGGAAGUAGUCCUCUCAGAGCACCCAUUUCUAAAGAGUAGUGCUGCUGCCAUUGUGUAUGUCAUGUUAUACUUCUGGAAUGGUAUAGCAUUGCAUGGCUCAAUUAACUUUUCCUUGGCUACAGUCUGUUGUAUUAUGUUACUGCACAGCCCAGAAAAUUAGCUGAUUGUCCUGCAGUCUUUUGCAUAAUAUUACUGCACAUCCCUGAAAAUUGGCUGAUUGCCCUUUGCAUUUUGACAUUAGUGGCUAGAGCCUUUUGAAAAUUUUCCCUCUGUUUCCUCCUCCUCCUCCAGAUGUUACAAGCAUUAACGUGUGACCAUUUGCAGUGGAGAACAGAAAUGAAUACAAGAUUAGGCUUAUGUAAACUCUCACAGACAUACUCAGACUGCUGGCUGUGCUGUUCUACAAGGAAAUUUAGUGUUAUUUAAUAGAAGUUGUUUGCUUGCAAAGCAGAAAAAUGAAACUGUGGAAAUUUAUGCUAAUUUUAGCUAGGACAAAAAGUAAACCAAAGUGGUUCCAUACUCAGAAGUGCGCAUUUAGCUGUGCCCAAUUUAAGUGUUAACUGCUUGAUACAUUAUUCAGUGUUAUGUGAUGCACUGUAAAGCUGCAAGACACUAAACUAUGGGACCCUGAGUCAGUACUAGGUAAUUGCCCAUUUACUUAUCUGAUGCUGUACACUGACAAGGCAAGAUAGAGGCAUCACUACAGUAACUAGAAGUGUUUAGGUCAUUGUGGUCCUAAAGAUCCUUAUCAAAAGGUGAAGCCCAUCUGGUUAUAGUGAGACGUACAGGUAUUUGCCCCUUCGUCUGCAAGGUUAUGCUUGCUGGGGGGUCCUUAGAGAUGUAAAGCUCGCGUUUGUUACACGGGUAAAAGAAGAACUGUAAAUGAAAAGUAGCUUAACUGUCUGAAAGUUGCCAUAUUGAGAUGGCAGGGCUGAAGUAGUUUGGGAAGGUGAUGGGAUACAUACUGUUUCGUGUUUGGCCAUGCCAUUAUUUGAGAUGUUUUAUACAGAUGCUGGUCAAGAAAGUUUGCCUGUCGUGUGAGAAGGAACAGUGAUUCACUCCCUGGGGUACGUUCAGUGCCCUAUCUUGAGUAGUACAAGGGAGCAUUUUGGUGUACCCCCAAAGUCACCAAUAAGCCAAUUUUAGGCAACAGGAAAUUGCUUGCAAGUUUAGAAGACAUGUCCAGGAUUGUUAUUUUGGCAUUUCAGAAAGAUUGAUGUCACAUUUCCAACAAAGUUUAGGCAUCUAAUUGGGAUUUGAAGCUUGAUCUGGGUGACAGUGCACUCGGUCAAAAUUUUGCACAGCCUUUGAUUUAAUGGGAGGUGUGAUAUAAGGAAUACCAGAGUUUUACUCCAAUAAACCAGUAAAUUGUUCAAUUCUUGUUAUGUUUAACCCUUUUUAACUAGGGAAGUGCUACCCAGUAUGUAAUAUAAUAAUAGUAAGACAGCAUUGCCACAGCAGGUCUGACUGUUGUAGUUGCUCAUUUUUGGGGAUUCUGUGACGUUUUCUGUCAGUCAUGUUACGGAAACAUCUAUAACCAUUGUGAAAGCUGUGGCCAGAAGUUUUGUACAUUGACACUUGAUUACAUGUGUUAUAUACAGCUGUAGCACUAAGACUUGUACUGCCACUUGCAAUGUAUGGACAUAGAUUACUUUUGUGCAAGGGCACAAAAGAUUCAUGUGUACAGUUCAUAAAUAUAUGAAGUCUUGUAUUCCAUGUCUGUAUGUACAUAUGUACAUAUAAUUUGUAUAUAAAUAUUUGCAUGAACAUACAUAGUGGGAUUUGUACUGUCAUUGUGAUUUGAGCUGAAGUCUCUGGAAGAGUGUGUUUGGAAAAUUUGACUUGCUGGGGUCCUGCUACUGAGAGGAAUAACUGAAUUUUUAAAUGUUAAGUCUUUGUCAGCCCCUGGUUGAAGGUUUAUCACAAAACACAUUCUGCAAGCUUGUAUUUAUUUCGUAGUACUUCAUAAACUGUGAACCCGCAGAUAAUCUUCUGUACCAGAGUAUAUGAGCUUCACCUGUUUAAAAAUGAAAAAAGUACUGUUGAAUCAUGUUUUGAAUGCAGUGUCCUUUCCCUACAAAAUUCUAUUGAGAGUGCAUGGGGCAAAAAAAAAUAGGAUUGCGUGGGUUAAGUGAACCUCGCCUCUGGGGUGAGCAGCAACAGCAGUUGUGUUCUGUGAAGAGUUAAUUAUGUAUUUAUUUAUUUAUUUUAAUAUGAUGAAGGGAUAGUUGGAAUCGGCAAGACAUGGAAUACAAUCUGUUACUCUGGCUGUUACUCAGUGCAUCUCUUAAUUUGUUUCCAGAACUGUUAAUCAGUAAGUGAACUCUUUCUCAAGUAGUUAAACUUUAAGCACAGAAAUGUUACCAGUAAUUUUUCAGUACUGCAUCCAUUGAGACUGCUGCAUGUACAUAUAUGGAGCUGAUGCAGCAUAAUCGUACAGUCAUCCUGUUGUGGUGCAUCUCACUAUCAUAACAAAGUAUAGUGUUCCUAAAAUGGCAGUCUAGCAGCAUAGCAUGACACAACGGUUAUACAUUGAUGACAUCUUGGGCAUGCUGUUAAAGAAUAAGGCUGCUGAGAAACGAGUGCUGUUCAAGGUGCAUUUUUGUGCGUGUAUGUGUAUACAUAUAUGCACAUCACAUUUUUCAUAAAGGUAGUUAGAAUUAAUCAGUUUGCAUUUUAUAUCUGUAGUCUGAGGGCAUUAGGUUAUUUGAUAAUUAAUCUGUAGGUCCUAAUUGAUGGCUGUUAUUUUUGUACAUUAAAUUAAAUAGUCUUCUGGGCCCAGAAAAUAAAAUUAUUUGAAUAAAAAUA